UCAGCACAGGAAGCCUAGUGCUCUGAAAAGUCAGAAGGAGGAACCCCUCCAGCUUUGAGGAGCCAGUCGAUCAGGAGCACACACAGCUAGAGGAGAGGAGUGGGAAAGGGGGAGAGAAAACACUGACAUUGGCUGCUGAGGAUGCACUGGCAGGCAAGAAAUACUCCCCAUGACCACAGCUAGGUUGGCGGCGGGAUGGGUAAAGUGACGGAGCUGCCUGAACCAUGAAAGCAGGAGCCGACAUGAAGAUUGCUGGGAAGACUGUGUGUGUUUUUGUGCUGCUCACCAUCACCAAGGUCAUGAGAACAGUAGGGAACAACAGAGUGUCAGCGACAGUAGGUAACAGCUGUGUGCUCACCUGCCCUCCCAAAUCAAAUAUAACUAUGGUAACAUGGAAAAUAAGCCCCAAGGUUGGAGGCCCCUGCACCUUGGGCUACAGGGCUGAUCAGAACAAGACAGACAGAACAAACUGCAGUGACAGCAUCAACUGGAAAUUCAGACCAGAUCGGGACCCUGCCCUUGAGAUAUGGCAAGUAGGAAUAGACCAUGAGGGAAACUACACCUGCGAAGUAGUAGCAACAGAAGGGAAUUUCCACAAGAUGUACGACCUGACUGUGCUAGUGCCCCCAAGGCUGACCAUGUACUGUGAUGACCACGGGAACCCUGUGUGCAAGGCAACGGCAGGGAAGCCGGCUGCCCAGAUCUUGUGGGUCCUAGAGAGCAACUCCACCCCCAAGGAAGAAGGCCAUGACAACGGGACAGUGACUGUUCUCAGCACGUUCACAGCACACAGCACCAACGUGACUAAUACAACCUGCAUUGUGUCCCACCCAGCUGGGAACCAGAGCAUGACCAUAGCCUGUCAUUCCUCAGACAACAAUGGCUUUAUCCUGCUUGUCUCCAUCACUCUUUGUUUCCUGAGCAUUAUCAUCUUCAUGGCUGUCAUUUACUAUUUUAAGCUCCACAGUGACAGACUGUGCCUCAAUACCAAACCUCCUGAAUCUGCUCCUACACAUUCCCCACAGGAUGACACAAUGGAAGUGGAACCUUAUACUACUUAUGUGCAGAAGGAAAACGUAAUUUACAACUCAGUGUCUGAUCUGACAGUGGGGCAGAAUCUUCCACAAGGACUGUCACCAGCAACAUGAAUGGUUCAACAAUACUGGGAAGGGAGAGAGACACUUUAUAAAAGACUGGUUAUAGAAAGAAACUUCUCAGAGGAUUUCUUCAGAUUUGGGGGCAACAAAGCUCACUAGGUCUGUUUAAACACCUGUGCUUGCUGAUGAGUCUCUACAGUUCUUUUUUUCCCUGUUUUGCCUUCUUCAUUGGGAAAGGAAACAGGUUUCCUGUUAUUCCUUUGGAAAAUGUGACUGAUGCCAUGCCACAGUUUUUCCUGGAAAAGCUGUUGUGAUCAGUCUUCCCUUUGCUGUUCUUGCCUUGGAGAUCCUAGUUUUGUCAGUCAAUUCUAGGCAUUACUUUGAUGCACUUGACACUAUGUUGCACACAUUUGGGAGAUGGGAGGAGUGUUAUGUCUGAACUAAACGGAACACUCUUCAAUGAACAGCCACUUUUUUCUAAUUCACAAAUUACUAACUUAGUGGCCUGAGUACUGAUCAUGACAGAAUAGCUCAAACAGCGGAAGAUAUUGGUAGGGAAGACCUUUAAUUCCCCAGUUCUGAAAAUGGAAAUGAGUGAUGAAUUUAGAAGGCCAUCCACUAGGAAAGAGACUUCACUAGCAUGAUUAGUUUACUUGUUGGGUUCAUAUUCAGUAUUUCCACUAAAUGUGUUCAUUCUGUAUUUCAGAUUGUUGUUAUGAUUACUUUUCCAUAAGAUUCUCUGAAGAUAUGAUAUUCCUCUCUUUCUUAAGAGUAUUGGCAUUAAGAUACUGUAAAAGAAUUAUGUUACUCAAAUCCGGUAAGCUACUUUUAACAGAAACAAACAUCAAAUAUUUCACAAAAUGAAACAAGUUCAAAUAUAUCUUUUAUAACUGUGCAAUAAUGUACAAAAAAGAUAAAAUGCUUGCUAAUUCUAGUGAUAUUUAUUUUAACUACCACAAGUGAAAAUUUUUUUCAUUCAUAUGUCUACAUGUUUUAUUGAUAUACUUUUAAAUAUACUUGCUAGUUCACUUUUUUGUAUGUAAAUUAGCUUACAUAUCUUAAUGUGUCUCAUGUUGAGGUGACUUCUUCUCACCUUCCCAAAACAUCCGUUUCUGUAUGUCAUUUUAGAAUGGAAGGGAUCAAAGCUGAAUAUCAAUCAGCUACACACAAGUUUUAAAGGAACCUCAGUUUCCAGUGACUUACCGAGGAAGACAGGCAGUCAACUCAGUCAUAAUCCUCUGAAAUUCCCCACUUCAAAUAGGUAUAAUAUUGUCCAAUGAUCUUUCUUCCCACCCAAAACCAGAGUGCCAUCACUUCUUAGACUUUUUUUCUGUGGACUGGAAAGUCAUUUAUGUUGUUCAGUGUCCAUAAAGUGGGGUUCAUCCUAUAAGACAGCAGCCAGUUUAUAUGUAAUAUAUUCUAUUUACAGAAGUAUAAUACCUGCUAACCUGCUGUCUAGCUGUAGGGUUUUAUGAUCCUUUACAGGCCUAUUACACUGGACUAAAUAAUGUAUGGGAUGUUGCUAAGUUGCUAACUGGUUGAUUAUUUCCUUCAUCCUCUACUUUGUUCCACAUUUAGACCUGCUAUGGGCAGAAAACAGGAUUUUAGUUUGUGACUGUGAUAAAUAAGAUGAGUUAAGAGUCUUAUGUGUACACACAUAUACAAAUAUGCUCUUCGUCCCUAGCAGCACAGAAGGUCUAAACCAGAAAGUCCCUUCCUGCACUCCUCUUUCUCCAUCAUGGUACUUGCUACUUCUCUUUGCAAUGUGCUGCUAUUGCACUGCAGUCAUCCUCCGUGCAAAAGUGCUGUGUUGACUGUCUUCUUAGCGGUCAGGCAAGCCUGCCCUCUAAACUCCCCAGCAUGUUGCAAAGUCACAGGAAGAAAGUCAGCAGCUUUUUGGCUCCUCCCAUAAAGAAAAGUUUGGGCUUUAACCACAUUUACCAAUGCUAUCUCUUGCUGCAACAUUUGAUUUUGCUAAAUUUGUAUCUCCCACUUUUACUGCUGUAUUUUAUCUUCACACACAUUCCAUUCUCUUGACAGUUUACAACCGCCACUCCUGCUCCAAUCAGCUAAUAAUCAUGGUUAUCUUAUGACUAUAGAGAGUCCUGAGCACUGAGCUCACAUGCACAGCAAGUCAGCGGAUUCCGUGCUGUUGUGCAUCUACAGAGCAGCUGCGCACUAAAGUGCUGCAGGCCUCCUUCAGACUAAGGGCCUGUUCUUUAAGAUGGCACUGGCAAUACUAAAAAAUGGGUGCACUACAAAUCCUGAGACUGAACAUAGCUUCUGUAUAUACAUCAAUUCCUGGGCCUCUCUAACCAGAAAUUAUUUUGUGGGAACAAAGUCAACCCCUUCAUCACCCGUUACAGCAACACAUAAGAUUUCAUUAAAUUGCAAAUUCUAGCAGAAAGGUCAUUAUAUCAUCACCUACCUGCUUCAAACAGCUUUCCUAACAACAGAAUCCAUUAAAAGUGGUGUUACUGCAUCCCAACAGGUUUCGGACUUACAACUACAUUCUUCUGCCAGUAUCACCUGCUUGUAUUUGUGGUUUACUCCUUACCGUCUGGUUUGUAAUCUUGCUGUCCAUCAUAGACCUUCUGGUUCAGUGUGUGACUGCUCUGUAGUUCUGCCCGGCUUACUUCCAGUUAUGAAUUAAAAUGACUUCAGUAUCUUUUAUUUUCA